AUGAUAUCUGAAGAUCUACCAGGCCACAAUGUUCAGCUAUUCGAGGAUGAGGCCAGCGAUUCUGCCAUGAAUGACAGUGAUGCGAUCACCCUCCUCUCUGAUACAUUCCCAGGAAUUCUAGAAGGCCAGCCUAUCGCAAUUACAUAUGAACGGGGAACGCAAAAUGGUUCAACUGACUGGGACAGCGAGGAUACGGACGACAUCCAGAUACCAGAGCUGAAGGAAGCAUUGGCACAGAUCAAGAAAGAAUUGAAAGAAGCAAACCUAACACACACGCGUGAGCUUGAAGAAGUAAAGCGAAGACACGCACGUAAGCUUAAAGAAGUAAAGCGAAAACACGGCGAUGAGCUUGAAGAAUUAAUCCAAACACACGCGCUUGAGCUUGAGAAAGCAAAGAAAACACACGCGCGUGAGCUUGCUGAGGUGAGAGGAGAAUUGGAAGAGGCGCAAGAAGAAUGGGAAGAGGCACAAGAGACACACGAGCGCGAGAUAAAUGAAGCCCUAUCCAAGAUACGCAAACUUAAAGCACAGUCGAAAGUGCCCUCAACCUUCAAAAAGAAACUCAAAGCAGCGGAAAAUUCGGGUGAGCGACUAUGGUAUCUGUUCCAAGUUGCACUAAAAGGUCACCGGUCACCCGUAGACGAUGGGGUGACAGAUUCCAAAUGGCACUCAACAGAACGGGGGGAGACUUUCUACACAGAUGGUAUUUCCAGGAAAGAGACGUUUAGCAGCAGUCCCGAUCUCUAUUCAUGCUACCUGGCGACGAACUCUUCUGGAAAAGUGGCUUUCGUUGAUAAAAAAUUCGUCUUUUUUUGUUGA